UUCAUCAUUUUUAUUAAGCUCUGUACAAAAAUUACGAUUGUACAAACAGAGAAUACGCCUGUAAAUGUUUUUGUAUUCAUUGUUCAAUGAGUGAAUUCGUUUUAGGAUAGAUAUUGUAGCAGCUGCUCAACUAUUUACAGGUUGAUACCGCCAGCUUAGCAGAAAACGCAGCAUAUCGAAUUCGAGAAACUUUGUGGAGACAAGAAACAGCUCAUAUUUAGAGAAUCGCUUAGUCCGGCAAUAAAUCAGCUUUAAUCAUCAAAUCAAAUGGACUCGGAUGAUGGUGGAUCGAAGCGGUCAGGGCGCGGCCGUGGACGCACACGGGGCACUCGGGGGCGUGGACGCGGUCGUGGUCGUGGAAGAGGUAAAAAAGCCACACGCGUUAUAUCUUCUGACGAAGAGGAAGAUAUACCUUCGCCUAAGUUUUCGCCGGCAAUCGACAGUGACGAUGAAGUUCCGGAGAAAGUAACGUCAAAAUCGAUCACUAAGCAAACUGUUGCAGAAAUUGAACCUCUUGAUGAACCGCCACCAGAGCAAUCGCAGGCCCCGGUUCCCAUUGAACCGGAUCUAGAAGCGCUUUCUAUCAGCACUCAUACUGCACCGCUGAUAAUCGACAUGGAGGCGGACAUUUCGCAACUCGAAGCACCAACCUUCACUACAAUCUCGCGGGGUCCUCCGGAACCUAUGCUACGAUUGAACUGGAACCACAAAGUGAAUCUCAUAGGUGAAAAGGUGUUGAAUCCGAUGAUAUACUGCUGCGACCAGUGUGACAAGCCGAUCUUAAUUUAUGGCCGUAUGAUCCCAUGCAAACACGUCUUUUGCCUACGUUGCGCACGAUCCGACACCCUAAAGGUCUGUCCGCGCUGUAAGGAGAAAGUAAUCCGAGUCGAACAGACUGGUCUCGGCACAGUGUUUAUGUGCACGCACGGUGGUACUCGCUAUGGAAAUUCAGGCUGCCGUCGCACGUAUCUGUCGCAACGCGACCUGCAAGCGCACAUCAACCAUCGGCAUGUCACCAACCCGCCCCUACCGCCGCAACCUCCGGCCACAAGCCUUCAACAGCCACAAAACGCCACGCUUCCGGUACAUCCUAUGGAGUUAUCGCCAAUAACCAAGCAUAUGGCAGAAAAGAUUGGCAGUGGUGGGACAGCACCAAUGCGUAAAAAUUCCUCCGAACAUAUGAACUCCCCUCGUUCUGGAAUGCUGCAACAUCGUAGUAAUAUCGCUCCAGGCACAGAAUUGGGGGAUAAUUAUUACACCUAUAGUCCGUAUUCAACCGGAAUUUCUGGCGGUUCGCAACAGCAUCACAUGCCAUCAACCACGUCCCAGCAAUCGCCUGUACAACAACAUCAACCCCGCAACACCGGGUAUUCACCAUUCGGCCAUCAAACAAUGUCGCCACAGCAACAGCAACAUCAAUCCUCUUCUUCAACCACAACCUCAUGGAGUCAAUCUGCCAGCCAGUACUAUCGGUAAAACAUCCUUUAAGAAACAAACCAUAUAAAUUGUACUGUGCCCAGUUUUUUUUAAAGCGCCUUGGGUUUAAAACAAUUUUCACGCAUGCAAUUGGCUGCAUAUAACGACUUUUCAACGCUGAAAAAUUAAUUUAAUGAUUUUUCAAGGCACAGUACUUAAGACUGCCAGCAAUUCAAUAUUGACCGUACAGGUUAAAUUAACUGCGCGAGUCUCACUACGGUAUUUAAUUUUUCAAAAGCCGAGACUGAAUGAGUUCAAUUUAGCAUAUGGAGUUAAUGGAUGUAUGGUAUAUUCAACGUGGUCUUAUAGAAUACUAGACGCAGAGUGUUAGAGUAAUAAAAUAUAAGAACCUGAAUAA